AUGACAUCACCAGACGAUGUACCGCCCCUCAAGCCGCCCCCGUCAUUCUCGCCCGUCACCUCCAUCUUACCCUCUAAAUCCCGGUAUUCAGACAGCAUCCAGAGCCCCCAGCCAUUCACACAUUCCCUGUCAGAAUCUGCUUUUGACCACCGCUCACUGCCGGACUUGCAGUCCACAACGUCCCCGGUGACCUCAAGAGCGUCGUCCCCUGACCGUAGGCUAUCGCGCUCGGCAUUACGUCUCUCUCGCUCAAGCAGCGGUACGCCCACAGGCUCCCAUACUGACGGAAUUGAUGGCAUCCGGUCUUUAAUAAUACGCGCCUUUUCACCUACAAUUGGUGUUUGCACUUCCCCGGAUACAGAUGCUUUAAUACAGCGCAAGGGGUUCAAAGGCGGGCUUCUGGAACUAUUACGGCCUUUUGGGGAAGAAAUACCAGGAAAGGUAGUCAUUCGAGAUGGAGUUGGAUCUAGCCGAAGUUGGGAUGACUUUGGUGUGCGGUUCACGGACCUGAUAAGUCACGAAUCAUUGAGCAGGAAGCGGGAUGAGAUUCAUCUAGCUGCUCAAUUGGAGCAAAUUUUAGAAAAGCACCUAGAAGCUGGAGAACUGCCACUGAGUACUUGGGCUCGUAGCAGUGAUCCCAUAUCGAAAACCUUCACUCCGCCGUCACCGCUUUAUAAACUUUUCCUCAGACGCCUCUUAUCUUCCUUCCCGGCAGCGCCUCAUGAAGCUUUCGAGCACCCCGUGGCAUCCGUCAUAGCGAUCUCCUCGCAUACCCCAGCACCACUCGAGUCACUACGGCAACUCUAUGCUAGAACUAGCCAUGGCGAUUGGCGACCUCCGCCCUGGGUAUAUCCAGAGUACUUGCGAUAUUAUGUCCUGGUUCACGAUGAAGACAAUGAUGACAUUAACCAAUCGACCGCGUUAUUUGAUCAAAUGAAAAGACAUUUUGGGCUUCAUUGCCAUCUUCUUCGACUACGGAGCCAUCAAUGUGUAAUCACGGAUGACGAUAGCAGUCCUUUCCCCACGCCUGAAUGGCUCAACGCCACGGAGGACCUCGUUUGCAUGGGAAAGCAAGAAUCCCUAGUGGACGUUGAAACCGCACCGCUAUAUGUGUUUGAGUCUGAUGUGACCGCCAUAAAAUCAUUUGUUCGCGAACUGGUGGCCCAAUCUGUGAUUCCUCAUAUGGAGAAUCGGGUUGCUUUGUGGAACGAUCAAGUCGCAUCGCGAAGGCGCGGGAUAAGUGGGCGUUUUAUGUCAAUAUCCAAACGCUGGACUGGCUUUGGUUCAAGUUCUAGGUCAUCAGGUUCGCCGUUUGGCGGCGGUUUAUCGAAUAAUUACGAUUCAUUUCAAGGGUUUUAUCAGCCAGAUUCUUCUGAAGCUAUCCUUCGGAAAAUGGCAGAUUACUCAUUUAUGUUGCGGGACUGGAAACUCGCAGCAUCUACCUACGAUCUGUUGAAGACAGAUUUCGGAAACGAUAAGGCGUGGAAAUAUCAUGCUGGUGCACAUGAAAUGUGUGCUUUAGCUUCUCUAUUAAACCCCUUGUCAUCAGCUAGCAAAUCCAAACUUGAGUCUAUCGAACAACUUUUGGAAACUGCCUGCUACUCUUACCUCACUAGAUCUUCUGACCCUCACAGCACUCUUCGCACUGCCAUACUUGGAGCCGAGCUUUUAAAGUCUCGCGGUGGCUUAGCAUCUGAAAUUGCUGCCAAAUGGUCCACCAAAGUGCUCGAAAUGGGCAUCCUUGGGAAUUUUGGACGGCUUCUCCUCUUCGAACGGGUAUCUGCUUGUUUCGCUUCUAAAGUUUCCACAAAUGGUACGCGAUGGGGUACUCGACGAAGAAAAGCAGGAAUGUGGUCCUUUUCCGCCGCUGAAGGGUGGUUUAAACUGGGCCAGCCCCAGCUUGCUUCUCACGCCCUGGAAGAGGCCGAUCGCCAGUAUGGCGAUGCGGCAGAAGAUGGGGUGUUUUCUCUUCCAGAGAUGCAACAGGCUGUUGACAACCUCCGUCUUGCAGUAAAAAUGGGAUGCCUUGAGGUUCGCGGAAUAAAUUGUGAGGACCCGGAAACCCUAAAAGGCGUUGAUACAGAGGAAACGCAGGUGAAAUUGAAUUAUCGUGGCCAUGCUCAUCGCAAGUCUAUAAUGGGUGGUAUAAACCCACUCGAAGCCAUUCCUCCUCCCUCCCUGCGUCCCCUCCGCUCAGAUGACGAUGCUGCACGCAAUGACGAUUUCGAAUAA